AUGUAUUCCUUAAAUAAGCUUACGACAUUAACUUACAAAAACGUUACUGUUAAUGCUAGUAUCACAACGGAAGAUUUUACCGAGCAAGAAUUUAAUCAUGUGUUAUUAAAGUGUUUUGGUUUAGUAGAUGCUGUUCAGUCUAAGGAUAUUCAAUGGCUAAGUGAUCAUGCUGAAUGUGGAAAAAUUGCCACAGCACAUGAUUUGGAGAAGCUACGUGUUGCUUUCGAUCAUGGUUUCAUUACCAUAUCGGUAUAUGACAAACCUGUUGAAGGUACCUCUUCCUUAGAACCAGAAGAGUAUGUCUCAGUUGAUAAAUAUCCUCAAGAAGAGAAGAACUUGGAACUAGAGCAACAAGAUGAUGUUGUUGGGAUACUAGAUGAUAAGGGAGUGAAGGAAAUGGUCAUAGUUCCAGAUAAUUCGAAUUGUCAAAUUGAAUCUAAUGAAACCAAAGAAAUGGAACAUGACCUCUUGGAAGACAUUAUUUCCAAAAUGAAUGUAUUAACAAAAGUCAUAAAAGGGAAACAAACUUCUAAAGAUAGCGAGCUAACAGAGGAAACUUCUUCUAUUACUUUGCCACUUACGUCCGAUAUCGAUAAAGGUAUGUAUGAUUUCUUUAAAACGAAGUGCAGUAGAGAAGCAUUGAAGGAUAUCUACCAGAUAUAUGAAAGGUAUAAACCUUUGGAAGCUCUUGAGCUCCCUUCUAUGUUAAAGGUUAGUGUAAAGCAUUUUCCUGAGAAAAGAGAGAUACGUUUUCUUAUUACCAACUGUGGAACUACCCCAUUGAAGGAGGACUGUCGUUUGAGGUACUGGAAUGAUGAAGCUUUAGGAGCAGGAGACUCAUUGAGAGUAUCAUUACGCAAAAUCGAGCCUGGAUGUCCGGUGGUUUCUGUAGGACGUUACUCAAAGAAGAGGAGAUAUUUUGACAAUCCUGGGAAAAUCUAUAUGGCGAUUAGACUUUCCGGCAGUGAUUUAAUCUGGCGAGCUGACGGCUCAGAAAACGAAGUUGUCUUUUACAACUUUACGAAAAAGGCGGGAACCGUUCCUUCUCACGGUAUUUUUUAA